CUCAGUCAGAAGUAGCGGAUCAGUGGAGCGGUCCUGACUCUCCGUCUCUUCCCGACUCACACCGCGGAACAGAGGGGGGCCCACGCCACACUUUCCCGGAUAUCGUUUCUCCAGCUGUCGCUUCAUUCCAGAAUCUGUCUUCAGUGUAAAGUGUGUAGUUUCUUGACUCUGUGGCGUGCGGUGAAGGGGAAUGAGUGGCGGGGAAAGGCUACCGUGACUUUUUUAUUUUUUUUUUUUACGGAGGAGACAAGUGGCCGCUGGUGCCAGCGGGGCAGAGAGGAGCUGCUGCCGCUUCUGCAGCCGAGCAGCGGCUCAUCACAGCACGGAGAGUGAUAGCUUCCAUGGAUAAACAACACUACAGCGCCAAGAUGGACCUGAAGCUGCUUUUGAUAUCCGUACUGUUAGGAGUCAUCUGUUUCAGCGAUGCUCAGAAAGAGGGGAACGAGUGCAUCAAUGCCAAUGCCAAAUUCUGUGGGGAAUGUAUCCAGGCUGGAGCCAAAUGUGGCUGGUGUAAAGACCCAAACUUUCUCAAACAGGGUGAGACGGUGUCGACCCGCUGCGACGAGCUACAGUCUCUGUUGAAAAGGGGCUGCGAUGAGGCAAUGAUCGAGAACCCACAUGGAGGAAAGAAGAUCCUCAAGAACAAAGCAGUGACAAAUCGCAGAAACAGAGCAGAGAAACUGAAGCCAGAGGACAUCACUCAGAUCCAGCCCCAGAAACUCAACCUCACCCUCAGAUCUGGUGAGCCCCAGUCAUUUGACUUGAAGUUCAAAAGAGCCGAGGAUUAUCCCAUAGAUAUGUACUACUUGAUGGACCUGUCGUACUCCAUGAAAGACGAUCUGGAGAAUGUCAAGAACCUGGGAACCAGUCUGAUGUUGGAGAUGUCAAAGAUCACUUCUGACUUCAGGAUAGGUUUUGGUUCUUUUGUGGAGAAAACAGUCAUGCCAUACAUCAGCACCACCCCCGCCAAGCUGCUCAACCCUUGUACGGGUGACCAGAACUGCACUAGUCCCUUUAGCUACAAGAACGUCUUGAAGCUGACCAGUGAUGGCAAGAAGUUCAACACCCUGGUAGGCCAGCAGCACAUUUCCGGAAACCUGGACUCUCCUGAGGGCGGCUUUGAUGCCAUCAUGCAAGUGGCUGUGUGUGGGGAGCUGAUAGGGUGGAGGAAUGUGACUCGUCUGCUUGUCUUCUCCACUGAUGCCGGCUUCCAUUUCGCUGGAGAUGGUAAACUGGGCGGCAUUGUGCUUCCUAAUGAUGGAAAAUGUCACCUGGAGAACGGUGUUUACACGAUGAGCCACUACUAUGACUAUCCCUCUAUUGCUCACCUGGUCCAGAAGCUGAGUGACAACAACAUUCAGACUAUCUUUGCGGUCACAGAGGAGUUCCAGCCUGUUUAUCAAGAACUAAAAAAUCUGAUACCAAAGUCUGCAGUGGGCACGCUGUCUGCCAACUCAAGCAAUGUGAUCAACCUUAUUAUAGAUGCUUACAAUUCGCUCUCAUCUGAGGUUAUUCUGGAGAACAACAAACUUCCAGAGGGAGUGACCAUAGCUUACACAUCUCGCUGUAAGAACGGAGUGGUCAGUGAGGGCGAGAGUGGACGCAAGUGCUCCAACAUCUCCAUCGGAGAUGAGGUCAUGUUUAGCAUCAGUGUGACUUCUAAGGGAUGUCCGAACAAAGGCAAGCCAGAGACCAUUAAGAUAAAGCCCCUGGGCUUCACAGAGGAAGUGGAGAUCACCUUGCACUUCAUCUGUGAAUGUGAAUGUCACAAGAGUGGUGUCAAGAACAGUCCACUCUGCCACAACGGGACCUAUGAGUGUGGAGCCUGCAAGUGUAACGACGGACGCGUGGGCAGACAGUGCGAAUGCAGCAGCAACGACGUAGCCACAGAGGACAUGGACCGCACCUGCCGCAAAGACAACAGCACGGACAUCUGUAGCAACAAUGGAGACUGUGUGUGUGGCACAUGUGAAUGCAAGAAGAGAGACAACCCUGAGGAGAGGUACAGUGGACUGUACUGCGAGUGUGACAACUUUAACUGUGAUCGCUCUGGAAACAAACUGUGUGGAGGACAUGGAAGGUGCGACUGUAGAGUGUGUAUCUGUGACGCCUUGUGGACCGGCAGUGCCUGUGAUUGUUCCAUGGACAACAGUACGUGUAUGGCCAGCAACAAGCAGAUCUGCAAUGGAAGAGGGAUAUGUGAAUGUGGCGCCUGUAAGUGCACUGACCCCAAAUUCCAGGGUCCCACCUGUGAAACGUGCCCCACCUGUCCAGGAGUUUGCACUGAACACAAAGAGUGUGUCCAGUGCCGAGCUUUUGGCACAGGUGAGAAGAAGGACACGUGUGAGCUCGAGUGCAGCUACUUCAACCUGAUUAAAGUGAAGGACAGAGACAAGCUGCCUCAGCCCAACGAUGCCACUUAUCCUGUGAUGCACUGUAAGGAGAGGGACGCCAACGACUGCUGGUUCUACUACACCUACGCUGUCAACAACAACACAGAGAAGGAGGUGCAUGUGGUGGACACCCUGGACUGCCCUGCAGGCCCUGACAUCAUCCCAAUCGUAGCCGGUGUGGUCGCCGGCAUCGUCCUGAUCGGCUUAGCCCUACUGCUCAUCUGGAAGCUGCUGAUGAUCAUUCAUGACAGGAGAGAGUUCGCCAAGUUUGAGAAGGAGAAGAUGAAUGCCAAAUGGGACACGGGUGAAAACCCCAUCUACAAAAGCGCUGUCACAACUGUGGUCAACCCCAAAUAUGAAGGAAAAUGAUCACAAUGAACUUCUGCUAUUGAAAUAUUUGAUAUCUGCAGCAUUCGGUUUGUUUGUGAUCUGAGUGUAACUUGUGGUGAGUUUUAUGUAAUUUGUUCCUGUCACCUUAUCAUUAUAAUGCACCAUUCAGCCACUUCAUCUGUACUUUUACUAACACUUAUGAUUUACCUGCAUUUGUUUGUAUUUUAGAUGUACAGUUAUACAAUAUGUGUAUAUACUUUAAAGUUGCAUAUCUGCAGAAGUUGAUGAAAUAAUGUUUCUUUUGGUCCUGCCAUAGCACUGGUAUGGACAGACAGUUUAGCUUUUUUUAAAACACAGCGAGGACAAUACAAAAAAACAGAAUCUGAACAAGAAUUCUUCAGCUCCUGUCUGUUAGUGUCUGUUUGUCUCUCUUCUCCUACGUCUCUGUGCACUGACUUCCUGUGUGUCUCUGUGUGUUCCAGACAUGACCUGAGUUAAAUGUGUAAACUCAGGUCGACCAUAAGCAGCACAUUACGUCAAUGUGUGUGUGUGUGUGUGUGUGUGUGUGUGUGUGUGUGUGUAUAUAAAGUAUAUAUAUAGAAAUCAGUUGCAAAAGGAAAUAGUGAACCAUAUUUAGCAUCCAUCUCAGACCAGACAGUGUCAUUGAAUCACAAAGAAAAAAGUCUGCAGUGGUUGUAAAUGUAGUUUUAAACUGCAGAUUAAGGAAUAUCUGAUGCCUAAAAUUGAGUUCUGUUGUCUGUCUUAAAGAACUAAAUAAGCAAGAUGAAUAUUAAUAUCAACUAUUGUUUUUUGUAUUGUUGAUAUACUAUCACAAAGGGAUUGUAUACCACUUUUUAAUGAAAUUGUGGUGAUGCUGAACAAUCAAAGGAUUUGUAAAGUUACAAUGAACUAAUGAAUUGUUUUUAUUUGUUAAGUGCAGUAACGCAGUAAUUAGUCACUCAGGUUUUCCUCCUGUGUUUUUGUCACAUAUGCCAAAAACCUGUGUUUUCUGUCAGCUUGUCCGGUAAACUGGUGAACUUGUGUGCGAGUGAGUUUGGUAUGUUGUAUUCAACAUAUUUGUUCAGAUGUUUUGAGAAUCACCUCUGAAAUGUGCUCACACCCAAAUGCCUCUGAAGUACAACACACAAGCCUUUUCAGUAUUGUUUUCAAAGUGCCUUUUAUUUCAAUACCAGGUUCUCUCUCUGUGCUGUUUGAGUUAUUUAUUAAAUAAAGUACAAAAGCUG